AUGAAGUUUUCGCAGUUGGUGUCCGCCGCUGGGCUCGUAACCUGUGCCCAGGCAGGAGGGACGGAUGCCAGGACUAUCUACACCACGGUCAUCACCACAGCCUACGAGACGUACUGUCCUUCGCCCACCACCUUCAUCCACCAGAACGUCACUUACACGGCAACCUCGGCAACCACGCUCACCAUCACGAAUUGUCCCUGCACCAUCACCACCCACCGGCCGCCCCCGUACACCACAACCAAGACGAUCUACCCUCCGCCGGCGGUGAACACCACGGUGGUCCCCCCGCCUGUCCUCAGCACCACCAUCAAGACCAUCAAGACUCCGCCCCCCAAGCCCACCUACCACAACACCACCGUGAUCGAGCACACGCCUAAGCCGCCCAAGACCACGGAGUACCCACCUCAUACUGAGACCGUCACCCCCAAGCCCCCCAAGCCCACCUACCAUAACACCACCGUGAUCGAGCACACGCCCAAGCCGCCCAAGACCACGGAGUACCCACCUCAUACUGAGACCGUCACCCCCAAGCCGCCCAAGCCCAGCCACCACUCCAACGUCACCUCGACCGUCGUCAUCGUCGUCACGCCGCCCGCGGUGACGAACAUCGGCCACACCACCCCCGUCACCCACACGACUCCCGUCACAGAGCUCCCGAGCAGAACGCCCGUCGGCCCGUCGACCACUCGACCCGUCACCGUCCCCGGGAGCGGGGCUGGAGCGCUCACCGCGAGCGCCGGCGCCGUUGUCCUGGCCGGACUUUUCGCACUACUCAUCUAA